AUGUAUACUGGUUACGAAUUUCCUAGCAGCGAUCAACAGCACGAAAUGACCACCGCCGUUUUCAUCAUCGUUCAUCGGGGUCCCAGCGUUGUCCGCGCUGUGGCGACGAGUCAUCUCGCAGCGCGUUUGCGCUGCGGCUCAUGGCCACCGCUGCUUGCGGCCAUAUUUGUGCAUUGGAUGCAGACGAUCAAAUGUGUGGUCGUCGGAGAUGGUGCCGUAGGAAAAACUUGUUUGCUCAUUUCUUAUACUACUAAUAAGUUCCCUUCCGAGUACGUUCCCACGGUGUUCGACAAUUAUGCGGUCACUGUCAUGAUUGGUGGUGAACCAUACACUUUGGGACUUUUCGAUACUGCGGGUCAAGAAGAUUAUGAUCGUCUGCGACCUCUUUCAUAUCCGCAAACUGACGUCUUCCUCGUCUGUUUCUCUGUAGUUGCGCCAGCGUCAUUCGAGAACGUUCGCGAAAAGUGGGUCCCAGAAAUCGCUCAUCAUUGUUCAAAAACUCCAUUUUUGCUAGUGGGAACGCAGGUUGAUCUACGAGAUGACCCUUCGAUGUUAGAGAAGCUGGCCAAGAACAAGCAAAAACCAAUCUCGCAAGAUACUGGGGAAAAAUUAGCGAAAGAAUUGAAAGCCGUCAAGUAUGUGGAAUGUUCGGCACUCACUCAGAAAGGAUUGAAGAAUGUCUUUGACGAAGCAAUCAUGGCUGCCUUGGAGCCUCCACCGAUGGAAAAGAAGAAGAAAUGCACACUACUGUGAGAGUACAGCGAACCCAAAAGAGCGAAGCAGUUAUUAUAUAAUCUGCGUCAAUAAUGUGCUUGCUUCCGCGUGAUUUGUCUUCGCCAUUGUCGAUCCACACACAACUCAUUCACUCAUACACUAUAUACCUUGCGAAUAGCUCGAACUGGGCCCUAUAACUCCUCUAAAUUGCGUGUACACUCUGGCGCGUCUCCGAUUGAUUAAUACGAUCAGAAUAAUCGUCGUUCUAGGCACAAAGUUGCUUAGCUCGGAAAUAUUAUAUUGUAUGUUCAUCUAUUCAUGUGUUUGACUGCCUUUGAUUAUAAACGGUUUUCAAAGAGAGCCUGUUUGUCAACGGUUGUCUUGUACGUACGAAAACUCUUUACUGCAAGUUUAACAAUUUUGUCAAAGCAC